AACUUAAAUAAUUAACCUGAAUAAAGCAAACGUCCGGCAUGUAAUACAACGGCCUAUAAGUCUGAAUGAUAAAAUAAGAUAAGCGAAAUGAUCCCAUUAUUUGUCUAGCAUCAACAUCCGUGUAUAAAUUAGAUUGCUAGAUAACACCUGAAUUCUCUUUGACGUCAUAACUGGACAAGGUGCUGUGGGGGUACGUGAUUUGGCCUUUUUUUUUACAAAUAUAGAACGGGCCUGAUUAUAACGAGCGCGGAUAAGACGGGCGAGAAAAUGGAACACUUUUUUAAAUUUAUGAUCCUGCAUGAUGUUGAAAUGUUUGACAUCUGGGCAUUUACAUAUAUAAUCAGUGUGCUGUGAACGAUAAACGACUUUUUAACAUGUAUAGAAGUUGCACACGCGCGUGUUGAGUUUAUUUUUCUUUUCCAACGUUAUGGAACGUGUUGGAAAAUUCGUCCGCUGGAUUCUGUUCGGAAUUGUGCUGACUCUGUUCUUAUUCCAUCCGGCCGAUUGCAUCCAGCCCGUAGUAGUCAAACACAAUUCCAAAUUGAUUUCGGCGUUGAUCAGAAACCCCAACAAUUGGCCAAGGCGGAAUUUGAAUCCGCACAACGGAAUUCGACCACCUUCCAGAUUAAGAAGAGACAUCCGCAUCGGAUUCACUGAAGAUGUCGACAGAGUUUGCGGUGUGGGCAAUCCGCCGAAUGAUAAUUCCUGGAUGAGGAUCGUCGGCGGAGUGGAGACGGCACCCAACGAGUUUCCAUGGCAGGUGUUUCUCGUCCUGGAAAGAGCCAAUCACCAACUCUUCUCGUGUGGUGGCAGUUUGAUCAGCGACAGGUGGAUCCUCACCGCCGCCCACUGUCUAGAAAAUGUCGCUAUCGUUUACGUCACUUUGGGGGCCCACAAUGUCGAUAACGACAAAGAAAUCCACCAGGAAAAUUACAGGAGCCGCGAUUACUACAUCCAUCCCGACUGGGACUCCAACACUCUUCAAGGUGACAUCGGUCUCAUCCGGCUUCCGCAAUCCAUCGACUUUUCAGAUUACAUUCGGCCGAUUUGUUUGGACAGCCCGUCCGAGUCUCUCAACGAUUACGUGGGUGAAACUGUCGUUCUCACCGGAUGGGGUCUAUACAGUGACGAAGGUGGCGCCACGAGUUCAGUCCUUCGCAAAACGUCGGCCGAAGUGAUCACGAACGACGAGUGUUACGAGCAGUACGAGAGCGUCAUCACCGACGACAUGAUGUGCACCAGCACGGCCAAUCACCACGGCACCUGCAACGGCGACAGCGGCGGUCCGAUGCAUUUGGAAAUGGCCGACGGCAGUUGGAAACAGAUCGGGAUCGUUUCGUUCGGCUCCAAUUUGGGCUGCGAAAAAGGUUACCCCAACGGAUUCACGCGGGUCAGCUCGUUCGCCACUUGGAUCCAGAACACGACGGCCCAGAUGAGUAACACGGCCGUCCAGAUGAAGCAGCCGGCCGUCACUACUAUGCUGUGGCUGGCUCUCUUAUCAGCAUUAGAUUUAACUUCGAUCCUAACUUAAAAUUCACAAUUGUACAUAUAAACGUCUAUCACGAAUAAAAAUCGAUUAA